AUGUCCCUGAACCAUAACGUCUCGCACCUGCUGAUGACGAAUGCUUCCAAUCAGCUCGACUCGGUCCUGAAGCUGGUGCUUCUCUCGCAUUUGCUCCAGGUCGAUGAACUUUGGUCCAUCUCCUGCGAUCAGGAAAUGGAUAUCUGGUCGAGAGGCACAAAGUCGAGGAAUAAUAGCAGUCAACAAAUCCGCUCCUUUAUUUUGGAACAGUCGGGAAAUAACAACCACAGUGAUCUUAUUCAAAGACGGUUUAACCUCUGCGGGACGGAAAUCGUCUGCAAUCACUGCAUUGGGUAUCACAGAAACCAACGACGGGUCCAAACUGGCACGCAACACCGUGUUUUCCUUACACGUAUGACUGACACAUAUCACGUGACCGACGUUUGUCAAAGUGAACUUCAACAGCUUGUUGCCCAAUAUGGAUCCCACGUCGGAGAAACCAAAGAGAGAGUGAUCUGUGAACACCGUUCUGAUUCCCAUUGUGUUGGCGUGCAAUAUGGCUUCGUGGCACAUGGAGCUGAAGGUGCCGUGGCCGUGGACAAAAUCGAUAUUUUCUCUAAUGAAGAUCUGGCGAACAACGCUUUAAAGGGUUUGGGAAUGGCGAAUCAGGACACUUACGUGGGGGUUCCUAAUACACCUCCUGAAGAUCCGCCAGAAUACACCGGAUAUGAGGGUUCGUCCGAAGAGGCUGGUCAUUUCGAGCAGUUUGAUAUUGACGAACCAGCAGAAAGGGCGAGAAUGAGCCCUCGUGAGUUAUUCCACAAGGCUGGUGAUUUUGCAAAGAACUUCAAUCGUCGCUUCUUUCGGCCCAUAAACAAUGCUCUUGAUCCAGUUUACGAGCUUUAUCAGUUUAUCAACAACAAAACCGAGUCGUAUAUGUCCAAGAUCGGUAAUCCACUGAUAAUCAAACGACUGGUUUAUGUUUUAUUUAUUGCGACCAUUGUGUAUGUGAUUUCCAUGUCCGGGAUGUAUCCGGACGGUGUGAACUCAUUAUAUGGCGACUUUUACGAUGUGCGCAAGCUUCUGGACUUCAUUGACACUCAUGUCGAUGUCAACCGACUUGAAGAGAAUUUGGAGUAUCUGUCUUCGAUUCCACACAUGGCCGGUACAGCUGGCGAUUUGGCACUGGCACGAUAUAUGGAAGAUAUCGUUGCCGAUUCUGCUAUCCAGUUGGAUGGAGACUCUCGGUUUAUCGCAUACGUCAACUAUCCCGAGCAGUCUUCGGUCAAGCUGCUGCAAGGAGACAAGUCUCUAUAUGAGUGCGUGCUGAACGAUAAGCCAGACUACAAAGAUGGCGAGAAUGACUCGGUCGAGAUCCAUCAAAGAGCGUUCAACCCUGGUUCUAUGAAAGGGUCCGCAAAAGGUCCCCUCGUUUACGCAAAUUACGGAACUACGAAAGAUUACGAAAAAUUAAAAGAUUUGGGCAUCCAGAUCAAGGGAUCUGUGUUGGUCAUCAAAUACGGUGGCAUUCUGAAAGAGUCAAAGAAGCUUUACAUGGCAACUGAAGAAGGGGCUGCCGGGGUGAUAUUCAUCAGUGAUCCGAAACUCUCCUCGGUAUACACUAUGACUUCUAUUCAAAAAGAACCCGUUGCCUUGCCAGACUACUACACGGGUAACAUGAUCAGUCCAGGACCUGGUGUCAUGGACCGCAUUCCGGACUACUUUGAUGUCGAUAUCAUGUGGCAGUCCAACAAUUGCACGCCGAGAAUCCCAAGUAUUCCUAUCUCGUGGAAAGAUUUCAAGAACCUCAUGUCUCCUUUGAAAGGAUACGGAAAACGAAUCAGCGAAUGGGAGUUUGAUCUGGAUAACGAGCAUUUGGAGAUCUGGACUGGAGCAGCCGACUUUGUCCUUGAUCUGUCGAACAAGGUGGUGGAGAGAAUGAACAAAGAGGUCUGGAAUGUUAUUGGACGUAUUUCAGGCUCGGAACAGAACAACCUUGCAAUCGUUAUUGGUGCUCCACGUGACUCUUCCUGUUACGGAACCACCGAUAGUACGGGUUCUGUAAUCCUUUUGGAACUGAUUACUCUGUUCUCCAACAUGAUGAGCACAUUGAAGUGGAAGCCAUUGAGAUCCAUCUAUUUUGUUUCCUUUUCCGCAACGGAUUAUAACCUUGCUGGGUCGACUUACUUCGCUCAAAGUAAGAACGACCUGCUCAACAGACAAGGUUAUACCUACAUCGACUUAAGCAAUGCUGUUUCGGGAUCGACACUGGAAAUAGCAGCUGAUCCGAUUUUACACUCGCUGAUCAAAGAUGUCCUCAAUAUAGUGGAAGAUCCAAUUACCAAUCGUUCGUUAUCUGAUGUGUGGGACAACAAUUUUGGGCUAUUAACUGAUAACACCAAAAAUUACGAGCCAUACAUCUCUCAUUUCGGAAUGCCUGCAGCUGAGUUACGAUUCAAAGGUCAAGACUAUCCAAAAAAUACGUGUCUAGACACGUUUAAAAAGUAUAAAGAUGAUCAGAUAGACAGUGAGAUGGCAUACCACAAGACUUUGACAAGAAUGGUGGCGAAGAUCAUUUUACAGCUAACGGAAAAACCUAUUAUUCCGUACGAUAUUUUCAACAUGGUGUCGACCAUCAACAAAAACAUGAAGGACUUGAGGGCAUAUGCCGAAUACAAGGACAAGAACGCAAAGCUCGAUUUCACGCAGUUCGACACCUCGCUUAUUAAACUGAAAACCAUUGCGCGAGAGCAACAAUCAUUUAUCAAAACAUGGACAGAAAUUGUGAAUGCCGACUCUGGCUCAGAGCCAAACCUACUGGCAGUGAACAGAUGGGAUUGGAAUGCCAAAUUAGUUCUAUUAGAAAAGAUUUUACAAUCAUCUAACGGUAUUUUUGACCGUCCAUGGCAUAGAAACGUCCUAUUUGGAAAUGAGUUUAAAAUCCCCGAGAUUGACGACCAUCAGUUCAAUUACAACUCGUUCCCUGGAGUCCGUGAUGCAAUAGAUGCUCAAGACUGGAAAGAAGCCCAGAACCAACUUAGUUGUGUUUCCGAUUCAAGUUUCAAUAUCAGUUCCUCACUGGAGUCGAUCAUGGUCUUGAAAGCUUCGUCGACAGUUAGUAGUUUUUUCUCUAGUAGAGUGCGAACAAGUGCAAUCACUUGUUUCACAAACUUUAGGCUUUUCAAGAACUCUUGGACUGGAUUAUCGUGGACGUUCUUUAUUGGCGACUCAUUAACAUGUGCAGCGGCUUUGGUGGAAUCCAGAUCUAAAAGGUAUGUUUCAAGGUAUUCUUGGGCGAUAAUUCCUAGAAGAACGUUUGGGAGAGACUUCUUAAAAGGAAUCUCGGUAGCCAAUUUUCUCCAUGCCUUGUUGUCUCUCUGGAACUUGUCCAGAUCGUCAUGGUUCAGAAGUUCUAGCGCAAUGAUAUUGGUUGUGAUCAGGUCAGAAGCGUAA